AUGGAGGCAGACUUCAGGCCAGCAUCUGCAGUGUUGUCCCAGCGCUCUGUGCCAGCGGGCAGGAUCCGGCCAGCCUGCCAGCUGCUCCUUCAUCUCCCCCGCUUGUCCUGGUCGAGGACAGCCCAUCCCACCCCAUCGCAGCCCAUCCCAGCCCAUCCCCGGUGUGUUUGUCCCGCAGGCACGGUGCUGGCCCUGCCGGCGGGCGCGGCGGCGGCGCCGGUGCCGGCGGUGCCGGGCAGCCCGCUGUCGGACCGGGAGUACGAGCGGUUCUUCGCCAGGCUGCACCCGCCCUGGCAGGCCAACAUGUUCUGCCUGCUGCGCCAGGCGUACGGCUGCCUCAGCCCCAGCAUCCUGCGCCUGGACCAGGCCGAGAACCACGGAGAAAUCCCCGAAGGGCCAGUCUGCUCUCAGUUUCCAGAGGUGGCGGAGUUCCUGACCUUCUGCCAGUUUGCCCACUACCGCUGCCUCAAACAGCAGUUCUUCAUCAAGCGAGUCCCAUGUGCGAGCGAGUCUCUAGCAAGCCCCUCCCCGGUGGAGCCAUCCAGCACCAUGAGCCCCUCGGCAGAGGGCAGAGCCUCCCCUGUCACACCAGCUCAGGAACCGUGGCCGACGAAGCCCCCCACGGCCAUGCCAAAGGUGCCCACGCCCUGGCAGAAGAACAGGACUAUGGACCCACCAGAUCUCGGGGCUGCCACCUCACCUUCCAGGACAGACUCUCCCGACGAACAAAACCUGAGAAAAAGCAUCUGGCAGCUGAUCUAUUCGGCCCUCUCCUUGGAUGCAACCUUGGACACCAAGGCCUCCUCUUGGAACUCCACCAGCUCGGACCCAGGACACACAUCAGAGCAGGAAACUCCCCCCCGAGGCAGCCUUCUAGCCCUGCAGAACGAUGAGGCAGUGCUGGUCCUGUGCUACGCAGUGCUGGAGGGAAAUUGCCUCUCGUCGAGUCUCACCAUGGCCUGGAAGGAGAUGGAAAAAAGAGUCUUUGGGUUCGGAGACUCGGUGUGUGACAGCCUCGGGCGGCAGCACGCGGACCUGUGCCCCGACUGCGCUUUCUGCUCGCUGAAGAGGGAGCAGUGCCAGAACAUCGAGACGCUGAACCGCGUUCACUGCGACUCGGGCAGCUUCUCCACCUACAUCAACCCCGAGAUCUCCGCCCAGCACGGGCACGUAGAGGGCAAGACCAUGUCCUCACAGACCCUGGGCGACUACAACGUGAACAUUUUGAGAGGGAUGAGGAUGGAGUACUGGUGCAGCCGGAUGGCCAUCUAUGGCUGUAAGGAACCUGCCGUGACCCUCUGGCUGAAGGCAGAGUAUGAAACCUUCUCAGAUGCGGAUAGCUCGGGAAAGAUCUGUGACUCGAGUGGGGUCCAGCAUCCCAACUACUGCAUGUUCAAGAGCUACCAGUGCCUCCUGAAGAGCAUCUACAAUGAGAGGGUGGUUCGUGUGAAAUGCAGCCGUAACAUGGCCUACCAGGUGCUGAGUAUGAGGGAGGGAGACAAGGAGGUGCAGCUGUGGCAAGAGAGGUUCCAGAGACUCUCCAGGAAGCAAUCAGAAAAAUGA